CUAUAAGUCUUCUCAGUUGUUCAUUUAUUUCCCUCUCUUUAUUUUAAUUCUAGUUUGUUUGCUUUGUUUUUGCCAUCAAAAUCAAUCCUUUAAAGCUUAAUCAACACUUCGUUGAAUUGUCGAGCUGGAUAGCAGCAGUAGUUAAACUCAACUAUUGUGGUUGUUCUUAUCUGGCCCGUGUUUUCUUGUUCAUUUUCGUUAGUUAUUGGGUUUUGGGUCUCAAGAUUUGAGUUUUUUCUAUUCUCUGGACUGUUUGAGUUUUUCUUUCAUCUUCGGGUUGGAAAAGGGAUUUCUUUUUUCUUUUGUUGUGGGAAGAAGAAGCUUUCAUGGCGGAAGCUUCAAAAGUUCGUUUAGUUCGUUGUCCCAAAUGCGAAAAUCUUCUGCCUGAGCCCCCUGGCUUCUCUGUCUACCAGUGUGGUGGUUGCGGAGCUGUUCUCCGAGCUAAAAAGAAAGAGCUUUUGGGCGAUGGCUUAUUAGGGACAUCUGAUGAGGAAAGGAGUAGAGGAGCUUCUGAGAAAGGGGACGUCGAUAAUGUCGGUUUAGGUAGCGUUGCUGGGGCAAAGAUAGAGAGUAACGGGAUUGUUAAAAGAAACAAUUGUGAAAAUGUCUUGAAUGGUAGUUCUUCAUCAGGAGUCGAUAAUAGUAGAGGUUUGGAUGAUUGUGAUGGAUCUAAAACAGGAAGAGAUAGGUUGGAUUUGGGUUUUGAUCAGGAUAGAAAGAUUAGAUACUCAGAAGAUGAAUACAAACAUCCUUUGAAGGGUCUGAAUGAUGAAUAUGUUCGUGAUAAUGGAACUGGUGACUUCCGCUCUAGUAGGCCUGAUUAUACUAGAUUGAAUAAAGAUGAGCUUGAAGAAAUCAAGCGUUUGAUUAAGUUAUUGAGAUCGAGGCCGGCUAUAGACCAGAAUGGUAUGGACAGAAAUAGCUCGAUAGCGUCCCGUGCUAAUGCCAGCAGUGUUGCAGGGCAGGGGAGGUUUGUCAAUUUUCAACAUCCUGAAGUGGGGCCUUCAAAUUAUGUUGGAGGUUCUUACUACAAUUAUGCUGAGCAGAGAAGGUAUGGUGACAGAUCAGAUGGACUUGCAAGAGUUGAAAAUUUGGAGAAUGAUCGAGUGGAGCUCCUUAGGAAGCUUGAUGAGUUGGCUGAUCAACUCACCAGAUCUUGUGAUGUAGCAGAUAAAUCAAAGGAAAGGAUCCAUCAUGACCGCUGGAUACCUCCAGUUCUUCCAGAUGCAUAUGACAGACAUGAUGCUUUUGUGCAAGAUGGUACGAGGAACUCUUAUACUGUUCAUAAGCAACCUCUGAUUCCUGACAAACACAUUUCUAGAGCUCCAUAUGUCCCUCACAGUCAUGGCUAUGUCCCUUACACGGAUAGACACGGCAUACCUUUUCAAGAAUCUUACCCUCGACGGAAUUUUUCUUAUGAAUAUGGUGGAAUUACUGAUGCUUAUCAGACGCAGAUGCUGAGGAGGCCUUCCCAUCAGCCACCUAGUCGGUACUUCCAGGAAUCAUGUUAUGAGCAGUUUCCAGGUCACGUGGACUUCAAUCAAGAUCUGUUCAUGUCACACCCACAUGAAGCUUUUUUUCACCAGCCUGCCUGCUCUUGCUUGCAAUGUGUCAACAAGAAUUGGCAAGUUUCUUCGAAAAUUCAGCCCCCAAAUCUAUGUAGCCAAAAUAUGCAUAGCACCCACACAAGUCGUAGUUUCUAUCAGAAUGUGAAUCCUAUUACAUAUGAUCCUCAGGUUUACACUUCCGAAGCCUCCAAUCUCCUUCCACCACAAUCUCGUGAUAGAAAGCACCUUACAAGAAGUUCUAGUGACUUGGGCAGAGAAAAAGUUGGAUUUGGUCGAAGCCAUCCAAAGAAGGUAGUGGCAGCCCCUGGUGGCAGACGACUCUUUCAGCCAAUUGCUGGUGGUGCUCCAUUCGUAACCUGCUGUAAUUGCUUUGAGUUGUUGAAGUUACCAAGGAAACUUUUUUUAACUCAGAAAAACCCAAGGGAAAUAAAAUGUGGGGGUUGUUCUUCUGUGCUUUUGUUUGAACUUGAUGGCAAAGGAAUUGUUGUAUCAGUAUCUGCAACAACUGAGCGAGUCUUUAAGAAGGUUCACUCUUCCUCCAGUGAAAUUUCAGAUGAAAAGUAUGAAAGUUCUCAUGAUCCCCCAGAUGCUGAUGCAGUAGGCAACUGCGAUGGCUAUGAGAACUUCAAUUAUGGCUAUCAGUUGACAGAUGCUGAGCCUGUUCCGUCUUCAGGAGAAUACAAGUUGAGUUUUGGUGAGUCUGAGAUGAGAAGGGAUCCUAAUUCUUUCACUGCAAGUUCUUCUGAGGGCGAGCAAAGUCCAAAUAGCGUGAUAGCUGAAAAAGAUGAAGGCUUAUUACAUCUUCCAGAUUCACCUUCCCAGAAACACCCAGGUCAUUCCCCUGAUAAUCUUAUGCACAAAUAUGGCCAGGGAAACAAAAGCAAACGUAUUGAGGAAGAUAGGAACACUGCAGACGGGAAAAUCUCUAGGCAAAACUCGCUAAAGGACACCCUGGUGGCAACUGAGAUGGAUGUGUCCUAUAAUGAUGGUUCAACUCAUGAUUCUGCUGAGAUACGCAAAGAGGAAUAUCUACCAAAAAUCAACAAAGGGGGUGAGUCUUUCUUCGUUGGUCUCAUAAAGAGGAGUUUUGGAGACUUCUCGAGGUCAAGUAAGAGUACAGAAAGUGGAAAAUCAAAUGUUUCCAUCAAUGGGCACUUUGUACCAGACCGAGUAGUUAAGAAGGCAGAAAAGUUGUCUGGGACUAUUCAGCCAGGAGAGUACUGGUAUGAUAUCCGAGCAGGAUUUUGGGGUGUCAUGGGACAUCCAUGCCUGGGCAUUAUUCUGCCAAACAUAGAAGAAUUCAAUUAUCCUAUGUUAGAAAAUUGUGCUGGUGGAAACACUGAAGUUUUUGUGAAUGGGAGGGAGCUUCACCAGAAGGAUCUAGAUUUACUUGCCAGCAGAGGCCUUCCAAUCACAAGGCACAAGUCUUACCUCAUUGAUAUUUCUGGCAGAGUGGUGGAUGAGAACACAGGUGAAGAACUAGAUGGACUAGGCAAACUUGCCCCAACGGUUCAGAGAGCAAAGCAUGGAUUUGGUAUGAGAAUUCCAAAAUCACUUCUCCAAAAGCAACGUUAAUGGAGUAGUUAAUUGAGGCUGCUGCUGCUCCGGUCUGUUGUGCUGCCAUGGUCCUGAAAUCCAUUGCAUGUGAAUAUGUGAUGCAAAAAUAUUCCUGAAUCGACUGAUUAUUGUCUCUGCACUGUGACCCAUAUAUUCUUUAAUUAGAUAUGUAAUUGUUUAUACUUUUCAAGCAGACCCAACUCAGAGAGCCGUUUGACCGAUUUAGACCUUCCUGUAUAUUAAAAUCUAUGGAAACAACGUUCAUCUGAGCUGGUAUUUGCAACA